CACAUCUGGGAUGGCAUGAGGGUGUGUAAAUGAUGAGAUAAUUUUCAAAACAUGCAUGGCUCCGGCCUCUGCACUUUGAAAUCUGCAGCCUUGUUUGAAUGAUAUAAUGUUUAGCUAUUAAACAAACCAAAGUGCCUUCAAUACACUAUAAUUACGGCAAAAGAGGAUUUUGUUGUAUAUUUUCGUCAUUGACAAGUUUGUUUUUGUUGUUUCACUGUUCCUUCCUGUGUCUGCGUGCACGCGCUGAGCGUCAUGAGUUGUGUUUUUUGUCAUCAUAUUACUGUUUACACCAGGCACUGUGGGGGGAGUUUUCCACUGACGAGCACACACACAACUCAACAACAGCUGAUCGCAACGAUAGCGUUAUUAGGUGAAUCGAGGACUUAGAAGGAGGACUUUGGUGCUAUAAUAACUCUUCAAGCAUCGUAUGGUCGUCUCUUCCACUCAUGAGAUACGGGUACAUAAUUACUGGAUACAUUAUGCAUUAUGUUUGUUGCACGGAAAAGAUCGCCAUGGCUACAUUGCAGCGUGGGGGUUUAAAGAGAAAAUAUGGGUUCUCAGAAGAGGAUGCCGUUUACUAUUCCUCAUCCCCCUCAUCACACUCUGAGUGGGACUCUGAUGAAGAUGGCAACCAAAGUGAUACUGUGGACUUUGGCCCCAUUGGCCCUUUCCCUUCCAGCCUUCACAUGCCAAUUUCAUCCAUCCUGAAGAAGACAAAAAAUACUCAGUCUAAAGGCAGUGUUGGCUUUGGCCUGGUUACAGUGUUCUUCUUCCAGCGAUGUCAAGGCUUCAUAAGUGUGCCCAGUCAUGGUGGCUGUACACUGGGCAUGGUUAGUCGGCAUGCUGCCUGCCAGCAGUUCACCCUGACAGAGCAUGCGGAGGAGCAGCAGCGCUUGCGAUUGAAGAGACUCCGUGAGCGACAUGAAGAGGAGAGGCUGGAGGCCUUGAGACAAAGGAUUCAAGAGAACUCACCUGCAGAGAGAGCUGGUCUGGAGCCCUUUUUUGAUUUCAUCAUAUCCAUUGGCAAUAAUCGUCUUAACCAGGAGAAUGAUAUGCUGAAGGACCUCCUCAAGGCUAAUGUGGAGAAACCGGUGAAAAUGGAAGUAUAUUGUACAAAGACUAUGAGGGUGCGGGAAUUGGAGGUGGUUCCUAGCAACAUGUGGGGGGGCCAGGGACUUCUGGGGGCCAGUGUCCGCUUCUGCAGCUUUCAAGGAGCCAAUGAAAAUGUCUGGCAUGUUCUAGAUGUGGAGCCAAAUUCACCUGCAGCAUUGGCCGGACUCAAGGAACAUGCAGAUUUUAUUGUCGGAGCUGACCAAGUUUUGCAAGAGUCAGAGGACUUCUUCUCCCUUAUUGAAGCCCAUGAGGGGAAGCCAUUGAAGCUCCUGGUCUAUAAUACAGAGAUGGAUAAAUGCAGGGAGGUGGUUGUCACACCAAAUGGUGCCUGGGGGGGAGCAGGCAGUCUUGGUUGUGGCAUUGGAUAUGGCUACUUGCACCGAAUCCCAGCACGACCUGACAGCCCAAAAUCUGAAAAUGUCAGUCCUCAGAUUUCUCCUGUGGCUGGGACCCCAGAGCAAGAAUUGCCUACAAAUGGAUUCAUGGAGGUGUCCCUAUUGGCAGCAUCUGGUCAGACAGGGAGUGGCUUGGAUCUUGAAACGCCACUGCCAACACCUAUUCAGAGAGUCAUGGAUCCUUGUUUCACAGAUCAGUCUGAAGUGGCUAUGAUGAAUUCAGAGGUGUCAGACACGGCUGAACGACUGGACCUGUCUGUUUCUUCCAUUGACAUGACGAACACAUCCCUGGCUGUUCAAGAGGACAUUGGCAUAUCAGGUGUCAGUAAGGCAGCCUUAAAAAUUUUAGAAGAGCUACAAGACAAUGAGGUUCCUUACUGGGACCCUGAGGAGCAGAUUACAGAGGAAUCUCCUGCUGCAGAUUUCAUCUCCUCUGUUGGAGAAGAGCCUUCACCACCACCUUCAGACGUUCAUCUCUCACACUCUCAAUUCCCAAAUACUCCACUUGAUUAUAACAUGCCGAAAGACAUGUCAUCUUUGAUGAAUUCUUCAAUCCCAUCUUUUGACUCUUCUGUGCCUCCUAUAGACAUCUCUUCCCUUCUCAUUGACCCCACAGCCCUUCGCUUUGAGUCUUCUGCCCUGCCUGCAGAACAUUCCUUAAAACCCAAUGUGUCCUCACCUUUUCCCUCAGAAACUGAUUGUUUCAAUCAGGGCUAUUCUAUUGAGCAACAGUCUUUGAAACGUAGCUUAGUUGAGAGCGGAACGGAAACAGUUUCCUCUGAACUGUUGUCUCUAGAUUCCCAUAGUGCAGAAAUCAAAGAUGAAGCUGCUCUUCAGUAGUGUCACUGCUACCAAGUACCAUGUUGUAUCUUGUUUAGGAAAUUGCUUAAUGAUCAUUGGGUGAGUGCUUUUUAUUGACUUUGUUACUGUUAGAAUCAGGUCUUGGACUUUUGUAUUUUUUGAACUGUUGGGUGCAGUACAGCAUACUUUUUAUUUUACAUUUGCGUGCAUGUAGUCAGGAUGCUUGUAGGCUAUUUGAAUAUGAGUAAGCCAUUGUUUUACAUUUUGUAGAUCAUAAUUUAGAAGAUAGUAUUUUAUGUAACUAAGUUGGAACUUUUUCUACAGCCUGUUUGAUUAAACAACAUAUAUUCUUCUGUUGGCUUUAUACCCCACAAAUGGUUUGGUAGAAGCAUACCAAAACCUUAACUUAAUUGACAGUUUGAUAAAUAUUUGUAGUGUUCAUUAAGCUACUACACAAUCAUUCAUGCACUGCUGUCUUAAACUCAGCACUCAGUAUAGAUCAUCUCCUGUAUAUUUAGCUAAUGCCCCAUAUCAAUGCCCCAAAAUCUGCACAAAGGAGCUAUAGAAUACUGUAACAGAAUAUAUAUAUAUAUAUAUAUAUAUAUAUAUAUAUAUAUAUAUAUAUAUAUAUAUAUAUAUAUAUAUAUAUAUAUAUAUCGCAUGUUAACUAAUUUUGUCUAGGUAUGGCAUUAUAUUAUUUUGGCUUACUUUGAAAGACUCCUUAUUUUGCUUUUAUUGCUUUUUUCCCUGUAUUGUUGGAUUGCUUGUUAAGGAAAGUGCAAAUUUUAAUACUGGACAAGGGUUUUGUAUUUGUUUAGUGUUGCAAGCCAAAAUCUUUCUCAACUUUCAAACUCUUAAUUAGUCAGUAAUUUUAAUAUUUUUAUGUGAUUUUAGAAUCUUUUCAUCGCAAAUAUUUAACUGAAGUGUUUGCGACUUAGUCUUCAUCUGUGUUGGAGAGAUUGAUUGAAUGUGCUUUAGGUUGUAAAGAGUAAUGUUGUAUUUAUGCUUAACAUAUUGGUUGCCUGGCUAGGAAGUCAGUAUAUAACAAUGAACACUGAACUAAAUCAACACUAGAGAAAUGUUGUCAUAGUAAACCAUGCUUUGACUAUAUUGAGACAGACUAUUGUGGUUUACUUAUGAUUGGUCAUUUGUUGAUCUAUGCAAAUGUUGAAAUAAUGCCAGUGGAAUUGAUGUGGUAUUCUGACUGAGUUUAAUCACUACUGCCACAUUUACCAAGAGUAGUGUCAUACCUAGGUGUUUAUUUUUUAUUAGCAUUGGUGAAGGGAAUAGCUAGUUGAGAGAAUAUCUUGUAGAUCUUAAGCUCUUUGCCGAAACAAAUUGUGAAACUGUUUCAGCAGUGAGUGAACACUUAAUGUAAGUGUCUAUGUAUAAGUGAAUCCAGCGAAUACUUAAGACAACACAAUCAUGUUACGUCAUGAGGGAGAGGGGACAAUGUUGUUUUGAGUUUUCCUUUCUUUUUAAAUUGUAGAAUAACUGUUCUUCACCAGUGUGAACAGAAAUGUAUAUUUUUGCAAUUAUUGUAGUUAAGCUAAUGAGGAGAUUGAGUAAAUACAGGAAACGGUCUACUUAAACUAUAUUGUUGGGGGUUUGGGGAAAAUGUCAAAUUGCAUAACACUGGAA